AGAGGAGGGCGCCGAAAAUGAACAUGGCUUUUGGGUCUACUUCAGUGUCGCCGUCUCCCUCGUCUUGCUCGGUGGCGUGUUUGCUGGUUUGACUUUAGGGUGAGUGAUCGAUCCGAUCUCGCGGAGCCCCUGCGGGGGAGGGGGGGAGUUGUGGUAAUGCGGAGGGUGCUGACGGAAAACAGGUUGAUGGGACAGGAUGAGAUCUACCUGCAGGUCAUCCAGCAGAGCGGCGACGACAACGAGAAGCGCAAUGCCACCAAGGUGCUGAAUCUGCUCAAGAGGGGAAAGCAUUGGGUCCUCGUCACGCUGCUGUUGAGUAAUGUCAUCACCAACGAGACAUUGCCCAUCGUGCUCGAUCGCAGUCUGGGAGGAGGAUGGCCCGCCGUGUUGAGCAGUACGGUUUUGAUCGUCAUCUUUGGAGAAAUCAUCCCGCAGUCUAUCUGUGUCAGAUACGGACUCGGUGUUGGUGCAUUGUUCUCACCUUUCGUGCUCGCGUUGAUGUACCUGAUGUACCCGGUCGCAUACCCUACCGCGCUCCUCCUCGAUUACAUCCUCGGAGAAGACCACGGCACUGUCUACAAGAAGGCCGGACUCAAGACACUCGUCACGCUGCACAAGAGCCUGGGACCGCACCCUUCGGAACGUCUCAAUCAGGACGAGGUUACGAUUAUUUCGGCUGUGUUGGAUCUGAAGGAGAAGCCGGUUGGCGCAAUCAUGACGCCCAUUAAGGAUGUGUUCACCAUGUCUGCCAACCAGCUGCUCGACGAGGAGACUAUGGACGACAUCUUGUCGGCCGGAUACUCGCGGAUUCCGAUCCACGCGCCGGGCGAGCCAACCAAUUUCGUUGGUAUGCUGCUAGUCAAGGUGCUGAUCACGUACGAUCCCGAAGAUGCUAGGCCCGUGCACGAAUUCCCACUCGCUACGCUUCCGGAAACCGCCGAAGAUACUUCCUGCCUCGAUAUCGUCAACUUCUUCCAGGAGGGUAAGUCGCACAUGGUUCUCGUGUCUGAAUAUCCCGGUGAGAACCAUGGUGCGCUCGGUGUGGUCACGCUGGAGGAUGUCAUUGAGGAGCUCAUCGGCGAGGAAAUCGUCGACGAGAGCGACGUCUUUAUUGAUGUGCACAAAGCAAUCCGCCGUCUCAACCCAUCGCCCCUGUCCCUCAGCCACGCCGCCCGUGCCAAGAUCGAAGCUCAAUACGUCGCGCGCAAUGCCGACGCCCACAUGCUCGCCCAAACCGCGUCCGCCGUUGCCGCCGCCCACCCCGGCGAAAGCGCCGACCUCCUGAUCACGACGGGCCCGGAACCGGCGCUGCGUGUAGGAACCCCCGCGCACAUUGAUGAAGCAUCAUCGAUGGGUCGGGGUCGCAAGCACUCCGGAGCCAGAGUUCCAGGUCUCUCUGACGAAGUGAUAGCACACCUCACACUAGGGCCCGCGAACCUUGCCGGCCGCCCCCGGGAAACCACGAGCAAGACUGUUAAGAUCAAGCACGUCGACCCCACGCGGCGGUCCGAGGACCCCGGACAGCGACCGUCCCUGGCCAACUUUGGCUACCAGGACGGCCCCGCCGAUUACCCCUCCAACACAUUAAGAAAACCUGUGUCCGACUCCGCCAUCCUGCAGUUCUCCGACAACCCCAACAGCGAUGCGGGACGAACACUCCGCGCGCCGGUGCCGGCGGGAUACAAGAAGAAGGCGCGCACGGGGAGUCUGAUCGAGCGAACCGAUGUCGUUGGAGGUAUCCCAAAGACCAUCAUCGAGACGACAAGCAGCGAGGAGGAGUACGAAGAUAGCUCGAGCACAAAGUCAGGUCACUCCAAUAAGAGUAGACAUAAACGUGCGCUGAGUUCGGAGCAUUCGCCGCUGUUGGGGCCGAAGGACAAGGCCGUAUGAUCGUGAACAAAUGCGGAACGGGGUGUGGGGAUUGUAUGAUAGACGCGUGAACAGCUGCUGGAUGGAUGGGUGGGCUAAUUAUUUGAACGCUUUUCUUUCUCUUUAUCUCUCUCUCUCUUUUCUUCACACCUGCGCAUGAUCGUGGGUUUAUGGCGACUUAUGUGUUUAGUCUUUUUUUUCUAUUUUUUUUUUCUCUUC